AUGCCGGGAAUUGUGUGGCAGAAUCUCGACGCGGUGACCAUGUCGCGUCUCGGCGUCGACGUUAUACGCGAAGAAUUGGCCCGUCGACAGCUGGACAUCACAGGUUCGAAAGAGGAGCUCGUUCAGCGUUUGCAAGCCGACAUUCAGCAGCAGCGUGAAGCUACCCCACCGGUUGAAACGAAUGAAUCCGCCUCGAACGCUGCGGCGUCUUUGACGCUGGACCCAGCCACUCUACAGAGCCUCGCCAUGCUGUUCCAGCAGCUACCUCGCCCUGCAACAACGGUGACGACACUGCCAGACCUGUCAUCGUCCAUCCCGCAAUUCGCUGGUUUGCACAGUCACAGUGUCAAUACAUGGCUUGACGACGUACGACGAGUACAGCAGCUCGCCUCGUGGGACGACGCCACCACACGCCUGAUCGCAGCUAGCAAGCUGAAAGGCACGGCGCGAGACUGGCAUCUCGCGUUCGGCAACCAGUACAGCACCUGGGCCACGUGGAGUGCCGCCCUGAAGGACACAUUUUGUGCAGAAUUGUCCCUCAUUGAGUGGCAAGAGCAGGUCAUGAGGGUAACCCAGGCCCCAUCCGAAAGCUUGCACCAAUAUGCCUUUGCCAAGUUGAAGAUCAUUGAGCGUUGCCCCGUUAACCUUUCUGAGGCACAAAAGAUUGACUACCUGCUGCAUGGUUUACGGGAACAACACAUCCUCGCCGCCAUAGCAGCCAACCGGCCGCCCACGAAACCAGGCCCAGUUCCACAGACUGCCUACAACAUGAUCCGUUGCCGUUGCAAGAGCAGCCACCAUGGCAAGCGUUAG